AUGGCGAGCCGACUCCUUCGACCUACCAUUCUCACAGACGAUCUACCCUUUGGUCUUCGGAUUGUAGGUGCGGGGAUCUCUGACAACUCAACUACACCCCGAACGGAGUGGCCUCUCACGGGAGGAUCUCUCAAUGUUACUCUCCAUGACGCUGCCGCCUACAUCUUCAUCAAUCUCGGCUUCGGAGUCAACACGUCUGACUUCAAUGUCACGCUGUUCUCCGCUCCGCUCAAUGAGACCGGGCCUGGAAACCUCUGCUUCCCUAAGCUAACGUUGCCGCCCGGUCUCCCUAUUCAGGAGGGAACACAGGCGUCCAUUCAAUUUGCAACUGCUGGCCAUAAUGGCGAAGGGUUGUACAAUUGUGCUGACAUUACCUUCACCAACAACGCUACUCUGUUGCCUGCGGACCAGUGCCAGAACAGCUCAACAGUUAGCGUUACAACACUUGGUUCUUCCUCGUCUCCAGCAUCAAACUCUAGCUCGGCGUCGAGCUCGGCGUCGAGCUCCACCACCGCCUCGAGCUCAUCUGCAGCGGAGCUCUUUGCCCCUUCGGCAUUGAUGGUACUUUUGGCAAGUCUGUUUGUUGUCGCGUGGUAG